AUGGCUGCUACAUUGGUAGGUGGAGCUUUUCUCUCUGCUUCUCUUCAAACGUUAUUUGGUCUGUUGGCCUCUCGUGAAGUUGUGGAGUUCGUGCGUGGAAAGAAACUUGACAGCAGACUUCUGAGCAAGCUGAAGGUCACUUUGCUUUCUGUCAAUUCUGUGCUCAGCUAUGCCGAAGACAAGCAGAUUAUUGACUCAGCGGUGGAAGAGUGGCUUGAUGAGCUUAGAGAUGCUGUCCAUGAUGCCGAGGACAUGUUGGAUGAGACUAACACUGAUGCUUUGCAGAAAAAGAUGGAAGCCGAAGCUGAAAGCAGCAGUGAAAGUUUGGUACGAAACUUCAGCUGUAUUUCAUUGAAUGCAUUUGACAAUGAAUUAGAACACAAGAUACGGGUGAUUCUUGAAAGAUUAGAAUUUAUAGUGAGUAGCAAGUCUGUUCUCGGCUUGAAAGAAGGUAUGAAGGAUGGUGCGUCGAGAAGAUCACCUACAACAUCUUUGGUGGAAGAGUCUGUUUAUGGCCGGGAUGAGGACAAAGAGGCCAUUAUUAGAUUGCUGCUAUCGGAUCGUGAUGUUUGUAGAAAUGAGAUCUGUGUGAUUCCGGUGGUGGGCAUGGGAGGCAUUGGGAAGACCACUCUUGCUCAGCUCGUAUAUAAUGAUGUCAGAGUGCAGGAAUACUUCGAUCUCAGGGCGUGGGUUUGCGUGUCAAAAGAGUUUGAUGUUGUGAGUAUAACAAAAACAAUUUCUGAGACAUUCACUUCAGUGGAUUGCGGCAUUAAUAAUCUGAAUUUGCUUCAAGUUAAACUGAAAGAUCAAUUGAUGGCCAAGAAAUUUCUGAUUGUUCUAGAUGAUGUUUGGAAUGAGGACUACCUUGAUUGGGCUGAGUUAAGGAAACCUUUCAUGAAUGGGGUGAAUGGAAGUAAGGUGAUUGUCACAACACGUAGCGAAAAUGUUGCAUCGAUCAUGGGUACUAUUCCGUCUUAUUCUCUAAAGCAAUUAAGUGAUCAAGAUUGCUGGUUGUUGUUUGCAAAGCAUGCCUUCAGCAAUCCAGAGUCAAGAGAGCAACCAAACUUUCAAGUGAUGGGUAGAGAAAUUGUGAAAAAGUGCAAAGGGCUUGCUUUGGCUGCAAAAGUGCUUGGGGGGCUUCUACGAUCAAAACAAGAUCCUGAGGAUUGGAAUAAUAUACUUACUAGUGAGAUCUGGGAUUUGUCAGAUGACACACAAGAGAUGAAGUGGUCUUAUUGGAUGGCAGCAGAUCUUUUACCACCCCCCAAAGGAAAGAAGAGGAUGGAACAUGUGGGAGAAGAGUGUUUUCAUGAUCUCGUUUCAAGGUCACUUUUUCAACAAUCUGGUGUCGACAAAUCAUUUUUUGUUAUGCAUGACCUUGUUAAUGAUCUGGCGAAGUGUGUGUCCGGAAAGUUUUGUCUUAGGAUGGAUGAUGUUGAAUCAGAUACUCUGAUCAGCAAGACUCGUCAUUUGACAUUUUCUAGAACAAUGCAUGAUGAGAAGUUUAAGAUGUUCUAUGAUGCGAAGCGAUUGCGCACUUUCCUCCCCCUAACAUGUCAAUCACUGCAUGGACAAUUCCAUUUGUCUGACAAGGUAACAAAUGACCUGUUACCGAGGCUACCAUACUUGCGAGCCCUCUGCCUAUCACAUUACAACAUCAUGGAGUUGCCUGAAUCAAUUGGAAAUUUGAAGCUUUUGCGGUACUUUGACCUCUCUCACACUUCAAUUCAGAGGUUACCUGAAAAUGUAAGUACCUUAUACCAAUUGCAGACAUUAAUUCUGUCAUGUUGCUCCUCUCUUACGGGGCUGCCAACCAGCAUGCGAAGACUUAUAAACUUGCGCCAUUUGGACAUUAGUCACACCAAACUUAAGGAGAUGCCAAGAAAAAUGAGUAAGCUGAAGAGCCUACAAACAUUAACUGAUUUUGUUGUUGGAGAAACUAGCGAAUGCAACAUUGGAGAGUUGGGUGAGCUCUGUAAUCUUCGCGGAAAACUUUCUAUUUCUAAGCUUCAAAAUGUUGUCCACAAAGAUCAUGCUUCGGAGGCCAAAAUGCAGGAGAAGAAGUACCUCGAUAUGCUAGUCUUCAGUUGGGCUGGUCAUGCUGAUGAUUCACAUCAUGAAAGAAAUGUACUUGAAAGGCUCCAACCUCAUUUGAGCUUGAAAGAACUCACAAUUGAAAAUUAUGGGGGUACAAGAUUUCCAGAUUGGUUAGGGGAUCAUUCCUUCACUAAUAUGGUCACUGUACAUCUUGAAGAUUGUAAAGGGUGUUUCAUUUUGCCAACACUUGGGACGUUACCAUCUCUCAAAGAGCUUUACAUCUCUGGGUUUGACGGGGUAAGGAUGGUAGGUUCUGAGUUUUAUGGUACUUGUUCUUCAGUAAAUCAGCCAUUUAGAUCCCUAGAAAUUUUGAAGUUCGAUGGUAUGUCAGAGUGGCUUGGAUGGUCUGGUUUUGGAGGUGGCGACGAAGGUGGUGCUUUCCCUUGUCUACGGGAGCUCCAUCUGCAACGGUGUCCUAAGCUCAGAGGAGAUUUACCCAACUAUCUUCCAUCUUUGACAUCAGUUUGGAUUUUUGAAUGCCAGCAGCUGGUGGCUUCACUUCCAAGGGCACCAUCUAUCCAUGGCUUGAAGUUCGGACACUGUGAUAUGUGGCAACUAAAAGAACUGCCGGCUGAGCUGCGUUGGCUCAGAAUUGAAGGAUGCCAUGUGCUGGAGUCUAUACCUGGCAACUUGAAGCAAGCGACAUCUUGUCUUCAAGAGUUAUUUAUCUCCAACUGUUCUUCUCUUGCAUCCUUCCCUCGGGAUAGCUUACCCCGUACACUGAAAGCCCUGGAAAUUGAGGGAUGUGGACAGUUAGAUAUUCUUUCUGACUGCUACUAUGCAUCCCUUGAAAGUUUGUCCAUAUGGAGAAGCUGCGAUUCCCUUGAGUCCUUUCCAUUCGACAUCUUCCCAAAAUUAAACAAUCUCAAAAUCCGAAGCUGUAAGAGUUUGAAAUCACUUUCCAUUUCAGGUGAACCUAACCAUGAGCUUCAGUGUUUGAGUCUCUUGGAAAUAUGGGAUUGUCCGAGUUUGGUUUCAUUCCCCGAUAUAGGAUUGCCAGCACCGCACCUGACACAAUUUAAAGCAACAGAUUGUAUGAAGUUGAAGUGGCUGCCUAAGGGGAUGAACAAACUCCUAUCUCUUCAGACCUUGGAAAUAUCCGGAUGCCCAGAACUCAUGUCAUUUCCUGAUGGGGGUUUGCCCUUGAACUUGAAUUGUCUCUAUAUUUGGGAUUGCAACAAACUCAUUGCGCAGCGAUUGCAUUGGAAGCUGAAAGCUCUGGUGUCCCUUAAAUGUCUUAGCAUCAUGGGUGGAAAACGGUCUGAUGUGCAGUGUUUUCCAGAGGAGGGGAUGCUGCCCACCUCUCUUACCUCUCUCUCCAUAUGUGGAUUUCCAAAUCUCACAUCACUUGAUAAGGGGCUGCAGCAACUGACCGCCCUUGAAAAACUAGAAAUCAGCCACUGCCGCAAGUUCCAAUGUUUGCCAAAAGACGGGUUGAAACAUCUAUCUUACCUAUGCAUCAGAAAAUGUCCUAUGCUGAAACAAUGUUUCCGAAAGGAAAGAGAAGAUUGGCCUACGGUAGACCACAUUCCCCUCGUAGAGAUUGACAAUCAGAGGAUUUCAUAA